AAUCGAACUAAUAGUCCAAUAAGCUAUCUCUCAACCUCACUGGCCUCGGAAUGCUAGCAUCCUAGGCUGUGCCUGACCCUGUACUCCCCCGUGCGCCCCGUCGGGCGUUCGUGUUGCAUGGCACCAAGAACAUCGCCCGAGGGCUUGUCCCAAAAUUCCCCGUGUAUAACAAGGCUUUCUCCGGAACUCGUGCCGAAAAUCUAUGGCUCCCACGGUGAAUCCCUGGGCCCUGGGCAGGGCAAAUCAUAUGGCGCCAUCAUGGGACCUGCCUGUAAUUAAUAUAUACUUGGAGGCUCCUGAAGCUCUUAAAUCUGUAGUAUAUGAGUAGCGUUGAUGGUUCCAAAGGCCAUAUACCAUAACUAGGUACCGUCACCAAAUCGCAAGAAUUUUGAUGCUUCGGAACUUUCAAAAUGUGGUAUGCGAUUGCGAGACCAAGCGAGUAUCUCGUGCUCACUGGAGUCGGGAUAGAAGAUAUCCGCAUUUGUAAGAAGGCUAUAGUAUUCCCAUUUCAGCGAUGUGCAAGAAUCUCUGUGGCGCCCUUUGAUUUGCCACUCAAUCUUCAGGCCAUGACAAUGGAGAAACUCCAAUUUUCGUUGCCGGCAGUAUUCACUAUCGGUCCCGAUAAUGAGUUACAAUCACUUAAGGAUUAUGCGCGACUUCUUGCAGAGAAUUCCGAGGACAAAACCAAUGUCCAGAAGAUCGUGAAGGGUAUUAUCGAGGGCGAAACCCGAGUGAUAGUCUCUAGCAUGACCAUGGAGGAGGUUUUCAAGGAAAGGCAGGUUUUUAAAAGCAAAGUAAUUGAGAACGUGCAGAAGGAACUUCAGCAAUUCGGUCUGCGAAUUUACAAUGCCAAUGUCAAGGAGCUCCAGGAUACUCCUGGCAGCGAGUACUUCGCCAUUCUAAGCCAGAAAGCACACGAGGGAGCCCUCAACCAAGCAAAGGUUGAUGUUGCCGAGGCACGGAUGAAGGGUGAGAUUGGAGAGGCAGAGAAGAAAGGACGGAUGAAGCAGGAGAUCUCUAAGAUCGACGCCGAUACUGCUGUACUGGAGACGAAACGGAAAGCCGAGAAAGCCAAGGCGGAUUCUGAGCUCAUGAACCGCCAAACUGAGCUCGAUGCCAGUGUUCAAAUCAGCAAGAUCACUACCAAACGCCAGACAGAAAUGAAAGACGCAGAGCUGCUGAAGCAAGUGGAGUCUAAGCGUGCUGAAACAGAAUUGGAACGUCUUAGGGCUAGUGAAGUCACUAAGAGCAAAGUGGCGCGCGAGUCUGCCCAAGAAAAUGCAGAUGCUGCUUAUUACACAGAGCAGAAAGCAGCCGAUGCUCAGUUGUAUAAGCAAAAGGUGGAGGCAGAUGCAGCAUAUUAUCGUCAAAGCAAAGCAGCCGAUGCUACCCUUUAUCAACAGAAGCGUGAGGCUGAAGGAAUCCUCGAGAUGUCUAAGGCAUACGCAGCCCUUAUUGACGUCCUCGAAGGCCCUCAGGCCUUCCUGCAGUUCAGAAUGAUGGAGAACGGUACAUAUGAGAAAUUAGCUAAAGCAAACGGCGAAGCUAUCCGAGGACUUAAUCCGAAGAUCUCAUCAUGGAGUACAGGGGACGGCUCCGGAGAUGCAAUGGCCCCUGUCCGAAACAUCAUGCAAGGCCUUCCGCCUCUUCUUAGUACCAUCCACGACCAGACUGGAAUCAGUCCCCCAUCUUGGUUGGCCCAGUUGCCUGUGGAUGGUGAGAACAAGGGGCGUAAGUAGGAGAACACUCCGAACCGAACCAAUUGAGGUCAUCAGAAAUUUGACACGAUUUUCGAGACACAACCAAGUAGCAUGAGAUCGG